CGUCCAAGAUUUCAUCAUUCAUUGUCUAACCGUUGAACGCUAAAGAAAACAAUUUGACAAUUACAUCAUCUUGAAAAAAUCAGAUUUUGACGUAGAAAAAAUGAGCUCAAACUCUGACCCGAAUCAGAGUGGAAAGCCAAGCAACGUGGCUUACAAAGGCACUAAUGCUGAAGGCAACUCAUAUACGAAAUAUAAUAACGAAAAAUAUUCUUAUACCAAUUACAAACCCAGUGGCGAUGUUCAAGGCCGAUACUUCAAUGAUGGCAGAGGACAUGGUUUCUACAAACAAAAUGCAACAGCUGAAAAACCAGCUUAUGCCUGGCAUGAAAAUGCAAGAACUGAAACACGUACUUACAUUGAAAAGGGAUCUGGCAGUCGCAGCAGUGGCCAGGGAAAAAAAGAGUCCAACUGAACGAAUCUGUUGGUUACAAAAGACAUUAAAUAGCAGAGCAGUUGUUUAAUUUAAUGUAAAAUUAAAGUAAUGAAACUCUUAAAAUCCUGAAUAAAUCACAUUUCAUUACAGA